AAAAAAAAUAUUUAUCCAAAUUUUUGGUAGGUAAAUAUUAUAGUGGGUAAACACUCAAAAUAUUUUCCUACCCUUCGGGUAUUUACCCACGGCACAUCAGUAUGCCAACUGUGUGACUUUUGCACCACACUGCCAGCGACUAGUUUGGGCUACACUUCAUGAAAAGUGCCGCCACCGCCGUCUCAAUUUAUCUAGCAACAACUGUAACAUUGUUCAGUAGCUGGGUACAAAAAAUAUAAUAAAUAUUAGUAUUAGUUAUUUGAUGAUAGGCAUCUCAUUAUGCAAAUUGAUCAUCAGCAAUACAUUUUUCAAAGAGUACUCCAAGAUGUUUUUAAGGAUUUAGAAUAGGCAAUUCUGCGUACAAAUUGACAAUCAGCAAUAGAUUUUAGGUGCCCCUAGUUGUCUUAUCAAAUAUUGCUAGCGGAAUGUACAUUAUCUACGCAUCCGUAAUGGUUUGAGUAGGUACUCUUAAAUUUUAAAUCUUCUCUCAUAUUUAACACAGUACAAUUUUUUACUAAUGAGAUUUUUUAAUGUAGUUACUUUUUCCACGAAAAUAGCAAAAAUUAUGCCCAAGAAAAGCGUUAAACCAGUCAAAGAAAAAUUAGAAACCAUUAUUCAGACAGGACCAAUAACAAUAAACAAAUCUGGUGGCAUUAUCAUAAAAAUAAAUGCUAAGCCUGGAGCUAAAAACAACAAUAUAACAGAUCUAAGUUCUGAUGGUGUUGGUGUUCAAAUAAACGCACCCCCAACUGAUGGUGAAGCUAAUGCAGAAUUAAUAAAAUAUCUUUCAAAAGUACUAGGUUUAAGAAAAAGUGAUUUAACUUUAGAUAGAGUCGUCGUGCCAGACUUUAUCGAAUGCUUGGGCAAUAUUUAAAAAAAGUCCGGAGCAGUAUUCUUUGUGUUCGAGAGCAGUUGAAAUUUCGUCAGUAUAAAAUUCUUAAUUAAAAACUUGAUUUGUUAAUUAGUGCUUAGUAUUUUAACAAGUUUAAGAUUGUAUUAAAUUUGAAUUUGAAUUAUUUUAUGUAUGCUUUAAUGUAGUUAUAUAAUUUUAA